AUGAAGUUGGAGGAAUGUGCCACUGUGGUGUGUAAUACGGUGGUAACUGGCAGUGGUGGGCGCGCUCAGAGACUAGCGGUGGAGAGCAGCGGCACACUGGCGCUGUACGAGGGUUCUGUUCGGUUGCGGUCUUGGCCACUACAUAUUGCGAGACUCCGCUCAGAUCUACCAAAUUGUGAAAUAAGUAUUGAAAUGGGCGGAGAGACUGUUAAAUGGGCGUGUCCCGAUGAAACAUCACGCGCUCACCUAAACCGCGCAGCGGUCGCCGCCACUUCGUCUACUUCCAACAAUUCUCUUUCGGAAACUGAGCUAGCUUCUUUGCUAGAAGAUGCCGAAAUCGAAGAAGGCGACGCCGAAAGACGUGUCAAGAGGUUGGCCGAGAAAUUAGCUCGACUGGAUGCUCUGAACGUCGGAGGCAUGUUGGCUGCUGCCACGGAAGGAGGCGGUGCUAGACUUGCCGCCAGGCUUGAGGAGGGCAGCGCGCUGGGAGCAUCGCUUUCGGCGCGAGCGGGCAGGCUGGAGGCGCUGGCGCGGGCCGGCGGAGGAGCGCUGCCUGCGCGAUGGGCGGGCGGCAGAGCCGACGACGGCGCCCGGGCCCUCCGCGCCGAGCUCGCCCACGUCGCGGCCUGGCUGGACGCGCCCGCCCUCGCCGACCUCGACCGGCUUCCCGAGAUACCGCUGGCGACCGCGGAGGGAAGGGCGCGGGCGUCGGCGGCGGCGGAUGCGCUGAUCGACGCGCUCGAGGCCGAGCGGACCGCGCCAGCCGCCCGCCUCCGGCUGGCCGCCGUGAGGGAACGUCUGCGCCGACUGCGUCGCGCGCGCGAGCAGCUGGCCGCCGCCGUGGCCCGCCACCUCAACAACGCGCUCAUCCACCUCGCCAACGAGGCGCAGACGGCGUCGGGAGGUCCCCCGCGCCGCCACCACGCCGAGCUGGCGCCGUACGCUCCGCUCGCGCGCCGCCUGCGCGAGAUGGACGAACGCGCGCACGAGGCGCUGCUGCGCGUCUACGUGUCGACCUGGAGCAAGCUGUACGAGCGCGAGACGGCGGCCGCCUGCGCCGUCGCCCGCGAGCGCCUCGACCGGCCCGACCGCGUCGACGCGCCGCUCGCCGACGUGCUCACCGCGGUGGAGACGUUGUGCGACGCCGAACAGGAUUUCUGCACGCGCUUCUUCGCUCUCGACGUCGAUCGGAAGGACGGCGGCGAGUGCGAAAAGAGCGAGGCCGCGGUGAGGCGCACCAUGUGCGAGCUGUUCCCGGCGCUCGAGCAGCAGCUGCUGGGGCUGCUGGCGCACGUGGAGCGGGACCCGUUCGGGGCCAUGCGAGCGCUGGCGUGGCUGGGCCGGCGCGUGCUCGGCGACGGCGGAGAGGCGGCCGACGGGCGCUGGUCGCGGCAGGUGCUGGCGGCGGUAGCCGUGGCCGCCAAGCGCGCCGCCGACCGCGCCCUCGCCGAGCGCCUGGCCGCGAUGCCCGACGCCGUCAAACAGGCGGCCAAGAAGCCCAAGUGCGGCAUCUUCGGCUUCAUCUCGGAGCUGGAGGAGGUGAGCGGCGAGUGCGAGCGGAUCUUCGCGGGCGGCAGACGCGCUGAGCUGGACCGCUGGUACUGCGCGCUCGUAAGCGGCGCGAUGGCCGCCGUGGAGGCCGCCGAGCAUCCGCGCACGCCGCGCGACGUCGUGCAGCUCGAGAACUUUCAUAGGUUACACGCGGCCCUGAGCGCACUGCGCGUGCCCGCGCUCGAGCCGCUCCGGCGCGAGGCCAAGCGGCGCUACGCCGACGCGCUGCGCCGCUACGUGACGCUGUCGUUCGGGCGGCCGCUCGACAAGGUCGCCGCCUUCUUCGAGGGCGUCGCCGAGGCGGUCGCGGCGGGCGCCCGCGAGGACGAGGUCUGCUUCCGCGCCGCCUUCGGCAAGCACGAGCUGCGGCGUCUGCUGGCGCUGUACCCGCCGCACGAGGUGCGUCGUUCGCUGCACCGCCUGUAUCGCAGCGUGGAGAAGCACCUGAGCGAGGAGGCGGGGCUGCUGCAGGUGGUGUGGCGCGCCAUGCAGGAGGAGUUCCUGGCGCAGCACGUGGCGCUGCAGACGCGCAUCGCGGCUUGCUACCCCGGCGCCGGCUUGGCGCUGCCCCUCGACACGGCCGACAUCCUGAGCGCCUUCUCGGAUAUCGCGCGCGACCACUGA